CCGAGCCAUGUUGCUAGGCAACCUCUCCAAACAUGUCGGGCUCAUAGAAACGGGGAAAGACAGAUGCGUAUUUAUUAGCUCCUUACUUUUACAUUUACUUUUCAGGUUGGAUACUUAGGUUAGAUAGCGUUCGCUCGCGGUUUGCCAGCUAAUUCGUCAUGGACGAAACGGUAAAACCUAUCAGAAUUCCUCCGGAGAUGUCCAUCUACGCAGAGAAACACGAUAUAUUUGACUUAGUACAGACGAUGGUGUCUAGUCUGAUGGUGGACAAACCAGAUGACCCCAUAUCCUACCUGAUGAGUCUGCUUAAGAGAGGAAGAGUUGAACCUCCUAAGAUUAUUCUGCUGGGCCCGCCUGCUUCUGGGAAGACAACCAUAGCCAGAAGACUGUGUGCAGAGCUGGGUUCAGUCCAUGUAACCACCCACAGUCUCUUCAAACAAGAAACAGAGCUGAGCCAGCAGGCCAUGCAAUACACACAAAUGCAACAGGGAUGGGUUCUAGAAGGAUUUCCUCAGACUCGCCUUCAUGCUCUGACGCUCCAAGCGGCUGGAGUCAUCCCUAACCACGCGGUAUUUCUAGAAGCUUCUGAGGAUAUGUUGCUGCAAAGGACAACGGGAAGAAUGUUGGACCCUCUGACUGGAGACGUGUACCAUCAGACGUUCGUGUGGCCGCCCGACCCGGAGGUGGCCGAGCGUCUGGAGCAGGACAGUGGGGGCUCAGAGGAGCGGCGCCUGGCCCGCCUCCAGCUGUACGGCCAGGAGGUCGCCGGCCUGAGCACGGCCUACCGCCACGUCUUGAAGACCAUCAACGCUGACCAACCACAUACUGAUGUCUAUGAAGAGGUCCUAAGAUAUGUCCUGACCCGGCGUGAAUCGAGAGCCCCUCAGACUCCCAGAAUCCUCCUGGUGGGCCCGCCGGGCUCAGGGAAGAGCCUCGUGGCCAGACGUCUGGCCGACAAAUACAAACUGGUGGACCUGAAUUGUGGACAGCUUUUAAAGGCUGAAGCAGCCGAUGGAUCCACUCUGGGACAGCUGGUGAAGCCCUACAUAGAGACAGGUCACCGAGUUCCAGACAGCGUGGUCCUGCAGGUGCUGAGCCAGAGACUGAGCGCCCUGGACUGCACCACCCGAGGCUGGGCGCUCCACGGCUUCCCCAGGGAGCCGGAGCAAGCCAGGCGCCUGCAGGACUCCACCUACAAACCAAGCAGAGUGUUCUUCCUGGAGAUGACCGAUGAUGUUGCCAUUGAGAGGCUAACUCUCAGGACCAUCGAUCCAAUCAGUGGAGAGAGGCACCAUGGCCUGGAGCAUCCAGCCCCAAACCGAGAGGUCGAGGCCAGGCUGCAGACCCAUCCAGACGACAAACCGGCCAGGGUCCAAGAAAAACUCACACAAUACUGGAUGUAUGCUGCUAGGCUAAAGGCUUUAUUUCCAGAUGGGGUCCAUGUGAACGCUGACCAGGACCCCCACACUGUGUUUGAGUGUGUGGAGAGCAGAGUGUUUAAGCGACCCGACAUCAGACCGAACCAGUAGAGAGCAGAGUGUUUAAGCGGCCGACAUCAGACCGAACCAGUAGAGAGCAGAGUGUUUAAGCGGCCGACAUCAGACCGAACCAGUAGAGAGCAGAGUGUUUAAGCGGCCGACAUCAGACCGAACCAGUAGGAAGCAGAGCCCGACAGACGUCUUUUCCUCUCCAAAUAUAAAUCAAAUAGAAUGGAAUGCAAAUAAGAAAACAUUAACAGCACUGGAAGAGAGGAGAAAACACUACAUAUUUACAAAUCUCAUGAAUAAGCUGUUGCCUGACUGCAUUGAUGGAAUCAAAUAAAAAGAAGUGUAUUUCGACAUAAUGGGUAUAUAUAUAUAUAUUUACCUUCAUGAUAGCGUAUAUGUUGAAAACAUAGACAACGUCUCUCAGGUAGGCUGGCUGGAUGAAGGCCUGUACCGACCUGUGCUCCUCCCAAAUGACCAAGCAACGUCGCACUCUCAUCCAGGUCUGUCCCAACAGCAGGGAGGGAAUCGCACCGGAGUCCCGACGGGGCGGCAUGGGGCUCAGAAGGUAAGAGCGGGUUGGCUGGUUACCGGGAGGGUUGCUAGUUCCAUCCCCCGGCUCUUCCUAGCGGAGUGUCGAGGUGUCACUGAGCGAGACGCCUCCCUCUAACUGCUCCCAACAAACAGGCCUUGUGUGGUGGACAUCACCGUCGG